CAUUUGACGACCUACCAUUUUGGAGGUUGAGCGUAGGAAGUAAGCCCAGAAAAUUGGGGAAGAAGAGAGAGAAUAUGGGAGAUGAAAGGGUCAAAACAGAAGUUCUGCAAACCAUAAAUUUGUUCCAAGUUCUUCCCAAAUUGGUUGUCUUUGAUCUCGAUUAUACUAUCUGGCCUUUCUACUGUGAAUGCCGCUCCAAAAGAGAAAUGCCAUCAUUGUAUCCUCAUGUAAAAGGUAUAUUGUAUGCUCUGAAGGACAAGGGUAUUGAUGUUGCUAUAGCUUCUAGAUCACCAACUCCUGACAUAGCCAAGACAUUUCUUGACAAGUUAGGCAUCCAGUCAAUGUUUGUUGCUCAGGAAAUUUUUUCCAGUUGGACACACAAGACGGAACACUUUCAGAGAAUUCAUAGGAGGACAAGGAUCCCCUAUACUGACAUGCUUUUCUUUGAUGAUGAAGAUAGGAACAUUAAAGCGAUUAAUAAUAUGGGUGCGACAAGCAUAUUGGUUGAUAAUGGGGUUAAUCAGCAAGCAUUUCGACAAGGUUUGGUGGAGUUUUCUCAAAAAUCUAAGGCUUCUGAUAAAGCAGGGUCGUCUGGAAAGAACAAGAAGAAGUGAAUUGUCUGUUCUUAGUGAGCUAAAUCCAACCCUCAGAUUUAAUAGAAGGGCGAUGGGAGAAUUGGAGCUGUCAUUUUGUAUCAACUUACAGCGUUGACAUCUUGACAAUAUUGAUUUGUGACUUGAAAUUGCUAUGAAGCACUGGUAUUAUUUUUUUUUUGUUACAGAGGAAUGCAAUUAUAUUAUUUGACCAGAAGAAAAAAAACAAUUCUACUAUACUGCAAAGUCUGCUACUAUGUGUAAAACAUGAGCAAUGAUUUCCAAUGGAUAGAGCGUUUGUGACAAA